AACUGUUGGAAAGGUUAUUCAGGAUCAUCAAUGUCAGCCUUCCUUUCCUGUCUAACAUUCAAGCGAGGGGUUAGACGGGUUCCCCGCCCUUCGAUAACAGCUGCACAAAACAUUCCGUAGCGUACGCAACAGAGGCAGGGGCAACUCCGGCGAUGGGUCGACUCCAGUAUUUGGGUAAAAUCCCCUCGUUUUAGACUGGUUCCCCUCGUUUCAACUGUAAAUAAAGUAGUGCGCAUGCGUGGAACGUUUUUGAUUCGUAAACUUCCGUAACGUUACUUCCGGUUUGGGGACUCUGCAGUCUUUCCCAAGCAUUUUCGCUCGCAGAACAGACAAUAUCGCUCGUAACAGGAGCAGCAUGACCGGGAAAAGGAAGAAUAAGGGCCAGAAUAAGGGAUGGUUCGUGAAGGCAGAACCUAAAAGGGCAAGGUGUGAUGGUGACCAGGAACCGCAGGAAACCAGUACCAGCCGUCCGCUCUCGUCCAAGAUGGCGUCAAAUGAGAUGGCGACCUCCCAGAAGCCGACAGAGCACUUCCAGACAUGUACACUAUGUACAGAGGUAUUUGUCAAUCCCUGUACACUUGUGUGUAAUCACACCUUCUGUCGUAAUUGUGUCGUCAACUACACCAAAACAAGACCAGAAGCCAUCAGCGCCAAGUCUCUCAUCUGCCCAUUCUGCAGCAAGUUGACGAAAGUACCUGAGCCUGAGAGACCAGUGGAGGCACUGGAGAAUGAUGUUAAGCCAGUCGUUGUCUUGCAGGAACUUGGGGGUUCAUUUAAUCCAGAAUCUAAGGGUCAAUCUGAUGAUGAUGAUGAUGAUGAUGAACCUGAACCUGAACCUGAGAGUACAGUGGAGGAGUUGGCCGAUGUCAAGCCAUGCAGUGUCAUGCUGGAGCCUGUGGAUUUGCCUGGCUCAGAACCUAGUGGUCAAUCUGAAGAUGAUGAUGAUGAUGAUGAUGAUGAUGAUGAACCUGAACCUGAACCUGAACCUGAACCUGAGAGUCCAGUGGAGGAAUUGGCCGAUGUCAAGCCAUGCAGUGUCAUGCUUGAGCCUGUGGAUUCACCUGGCUCAGAACCUAGUGGUCAAUCUGAUGAUGAUGAUGAACCUGAACCUGAGAGUCCAGUGGAGGAAUCAGCCGAUGUCAAGCCAUGCAAUGUCAUUCUGGAGCCUGUGGAUUCGCCUGACUCAGAACCUAGUGAUACAACCAACUGUGCAUAUUGUAAAGGCAGAGGGGAGACAACUCCAGCUGCUGUUUGGUGCCGGGCCUGUGAUGACGCACUCUGCGAGAAAUGUGUCAGAGUACACAGUCGCUUCCCUUCUACUCAUUACCAUGACGUUACUAACCUGUAUGGAGAGAUCCAAAAAAGGCGAAAAGCCAUGUGUAAUAUACACGAAAGAUAUUGCAUAGAAUUAGUAUGUAAGGAUUGCAAGAAGACAAUAUGUCGCAAAUGUCGCAUCUUAUAUCACAAUGAAUGUGAUUCAGUUGUCAGGAUAGAGUCAGACCUGUUCACCAUGUUAACAGAACUCAUAAAGAAAAAAGAGGCUUUAUCAAAGAGGCAAGAAGACCUGAAACCCAAAACUGAUGAAUUGAAAUCGACAUUAAGUAGAGAAGCAUGUCGAUAUGCACAAAUGGAAGAAGACAUAAUGCUAGUUACACAGAAUGCCAUAGAACAGAUCAAAUCAAACGAAAGAAAACUUCUUGAUGAACUUAAAGAGAUGUCCAACAAACACAUUGGACAACUGAGAGAACAAAUAAAGUCAAAAGAGUUGAAAGCACACAUGUGCCAAAUACAUGCUAAGGUGAUAGACCAGGCUCUACAAUCUGAGUGUGACUCGGAAGUGUAUGAGGUGUAUCUGCGGUGUGGAGCAGAGGAGGUGGAAGCUCCUCGAGAGAUGGAAGUGACGGAAAGAGGAAGAAUCGCCAAGAUCACAUUCCACCAUGACAUUAAGAGACUGAAACAGGAAGUAAGGGAUCUAAAGAUGGGUGAACUAGAGGUCCUGUAUGAGGGUGUUGUGAAUCUGGAGGACAAUCCUUUGUUACUAGACACCAUAGAUGUCCAAGUAGCUGGAGCCAGAAAUAAAGGAUGGGUUGCUGAUGUGACUGUGUUGAUUGUGGAUGGUAUGAAUACAGUUAUAGUCACGGACAGGAUCAACAACAAGCUGAGUUCCUUCUACACCAGGAACAACAAACAUUGUCGCAGCAGGCUCUGUCUUAGUAGUGCCCCGUGGAGUCUGACUAAGUUGACAAACAAACCACUACUGGCUGUCACUGUGCCAGGCAUGAAACAGAUUAUAACAGUGAAAGUCACCCCCGACCUGGAGCUUGUGUCAACCAUCAAAACCAACAAACAGUACUGGGGUAUAACAUAUCUGACCCCGUAUACAGUAGCAGUAGGUUCCAAGUCUCCUCCCUGUGUGGAUAUUGUGGAUAUGUGUGGAAAUGUGCUGUUUUCAUUCAAUCCACUCCUCAGUUGUAAAAGGACAUUACAGUGUCCCAACUACCUUUGUACCACCAGGAAAGGAAACAUCCUGGUGUCUGACGGGGCAACCAAAUGUGUUGUUUGUCUGACCCCCAGGGGAAAGGUGGUGUUCACUUACAGGCCUGCUGGAGACAACGCACUGAAGUGUCCUCAGGGUAUCACAAGUACCUGCACAGGUGACAUCCUGGUUACAGACUUCUCUCUAAACUGUGUCAUCCAUCUCAAUGAGUCAGGAGAAUUUGUAAGAAACAUACUGACAAAAGAGGACGGUAUUGAGAAACCGUUAGGAGUUGAUGUAGAUGGGCGCAGUCGGAUAUAUGUUUCUCUGCAGUUUCAAGAAGUUGUAAAGGUGUAUUUAUGUUGACAAUGGAUUUGGCAGUAAUGCCUUUCCUAGUGGUAUUGUGUAGAUCAAUCAAGGUAAUAUAGCUAUGUAUAGGUAUAACAAGAACUAAAGACAGCAGACCUUGUAAUCUGUCAAUGCUAAGACUGUGGAAAAUAUCAGAUUUGACAGAUGUCGGAUUUGAAGAAUUUCAUGGCUAAAUGCACCUUCAAUUCCUGAUCAAGUGUUGAUUGAGUGUAUAGAGAAGUGAAGGUUGUAUACUAAACACAUAUGAACUUCAGAAUACAGAAACCAUACAACUACAAUUAAGUGUAUUGAAGGUUUUUCAUGUGUUGAGGGGGCAUGGGUGGCCCAGUCGUCUAAGGCGCUGUGAUUUGCAUCCCUUGGGCACACCAGAAACCUAUGAUUGUCAGUUCAAAUCCUGGUUCACCCAGAUUAUGCUUCUAGGUUUGUCAGCACCA